UGCGUACAGGCGCAUGUUUCUAUAUUUAGCGUGUGGAAUUUAAUGCGCUUGCGCGUGAGAAGUUACUUCCGUUCGUACACCCCGGAAACUGCAGGCUGAGAGAAAAUCACAAAAUAUAUUUAACCAAAGUAACGAAGUCUCUAGCUAACCAUGCAGACAAUAAAAUGUGUGGUAGUAGGUGAUGGAGCUGUCGGUAAAACAUGUCUACUGAUCUCCUACACCACAAAUAAGUUCCCCUCAGAGUAUGUUCCAACUGUGUUUGAUAACUAUGCUGUGACGGUGAUGAUUGGGGGAGAACCCUAUACGUUAGGUCUGUUUGACACAGCAGGUCAGGAAGACUACGACAGGUUACGACCCCUUAGCUACCCACAGACUGAUGUCUUUCUAGUUUGCUUCUCCGUAGUAUCGCCAGCUUCUUUUGAAAACGUCCGAGAAAAGUGGGUUCCCGAAAUAACACACCAUUGUCAGAAGACCCCUUUCUUACUAGUCGGAACACAGGUAGAUUUACGGGAUGAUGCAACAACAAUAGAAAAGUUAGCCAAGAACAAACAAAAACCUAUCACAUUUGAACAAGGAGAAAAACUGGCAAGAGAACUGAAGGCUGUAAAAUAUGUUGAAUGUUCAGCAUUAACACAGAAAGGUUUAAAGAAUGUAUUCGAUGAAGCAAUUCUUGCUGCUUUGGAGCCCCCAGAACCGCCCAAGAAAAAGAAGUGUGUCUUGUUGUAAUCUCCGAACUCCAUUCAUUUCCUGUGUCAACUUUGGAUGCUUUUAGGGACUUCUGCUGAUCACCUGUGAAGAAGUCGUAAAAAAUUAUUGGGGGAAAAAUUGAAACCAUUUUAUAUGUUUGGAUAUUAAAAGCAUUUUCACAGAUGGAAGUUUUCAGGUUCAAAUAGAGAGAAUUAUUUUUAACAUAUUCUCUAGUGAAUGGAAAGUUUGUUUGAUGAUUAUGUGUGGGGAAAAGGCAAGAGUUUUCUCAGAGAAACCCCUAGCACAGUGCUAUGGUCUUCUUAUCCCAUUAGGGUCCAAUAAUCUUGUGAUUUAUGAAUGUAAAUAGUUGACCAACUUUCCCCUUUUAUUUAUUGUUUUUGGGUGCCAAAAUUUGGUAUUGAUGAUGUUGAUCUGAGGAAGUCAUGUAUUGCUUACCCAAGAUGUAAAAGCACCAGGAUUGGAAUAUAUUGUGGUAUAACUAUAAAUUUCUAUGCUAUAGGCCAUGAAUGAGUAAAAAAACUUAAAUAAUAAUUAUCCAUUGCAAAACAAGGUCUUGAUAAAAAUUAGAGAUUCCAAUUUGUGACAAGUAUUUUUUGUUAUACUUUUUAAUUUGUAAGAAUUCAUUAAAGUUAUACAAAUUUCCACAAAGAUAUAAAUGUUAUUGGAGGACACUAAUACUGAAUUCACUGGGAAGUAUAAUCUAAAUUAUUUUUAAAAAGUCUUUGCUUCAUUGUAUGUUAUUAAUUCAUGAUAAUGUUUUAAAAAAAAAAGAUGUAUUGUAAAUGUAGAUAAUUGUACAGGCUUUAUGAUUAAGACUAGGACUUUAUAGUUUUAAUUGUGUCGUAUAAAUGGACUCUUUUUGUUUUAUCUAUUAUUUAGGAAGUCUAAGGAUGUGUGCAUGUGUGUGUGUGUGUGAGUGUGCUAUAAUCAGCUUUACAGGACACAGUCAGUGGUUACAAAGGAUUUUCUAUAUAAUACUUCAUCUUUCUCCCAUUCUUUUAUUUUUCAGUUGUUUUUUAUGACAUUUGUUCAGUUUUCUGGUGAAUAUCUGAUAUUUUGGUUUCUGUCAAUUUUGAUAUGCAAUGAUAGACAGUUGCAGACUUUCUGUUUGUCUAUGUAACCACUGCUUGUGGUGACUUGAAGUUGUGACGAUGUGACCUUUGGUUUAUUUACUUAUUGUAUUAUGUACCUGCAUGUCUUUUGUCAUGUAUCUUGUCUAAACAACACCAUUUUUAUUUUCACUAUACUGAAAUAAAUAUAAAGAGUCAG